CGGGAGUCUGGUCCGGGAACUUGGCCCUUCGGAGGGUACCGGUGGAGAAGGCCGUGCUCGUGGUGAGGAGGGAAAGCUCCAGGAGCCAGAGCGGGCGCAGGAGCUGCGGGCCUGUCUCCCAAAGGAUGCUUACAUAGCUUAUGGCAGUGUAUUCUGCCUUCAGUGGAAAUGGAAGAUAGCCCAUCAUCCUUGUCUGAAUAAUGACACCAUGCCCUCAUUGGUGAAACGAGAACAAUAAUAAAAGUGGAUUUCAUCCUCAGUCCUUCGGCCCAUCUUAUGCUUGGAUACUUUUUGGUGUCGGAGUGGCAGCUGUCAUACCUGGAAGUCACUAGAAGGUGACAAGGAGAGCUAGAAUCAGGCUGGAAGAGAUUUCAUUGCAGUGACUGUCAGCCUUUUUUCUGUGGGAUUACCAUUUUCACACUGAAAAGGGUGGCCUGAGAAUUCAGAAAAAACACUCUUUUUAGAGCAUCUCCUGGUGCCCUCAGAAAUGUCUUCCUUAAGUGGCAAAGUCCAAACUGUUUUGGGCCUAGUGGAGCCAAGCAAACUGGGCCGCACCCUGACCCACGAACAUUUGACGAUGACCUUUGAUUUCUGUUACUGUCCACCUCCUCCAUCUCACGAAGCUACCUCUAAGGAACCUAUUAUGAUGAAAAAUUUGUUUUGGAUUCAGAAAAACCCUUAUUCCCAUAAAGAGAAUCUUUGGCUGAAUCAGGAGACGGAAGCAAUCAAAGAAGAAUUGUUGUAUUUUAAAGCUAAAGGUGGGGGGGCUUUGGUGGAGAACACGACCACCGGGAUCAGCCGUGAUGUGCAGACUUUGAAGUGGCUGGCAGAAGAGACUGGUGUCCAUAUCAUAUCAGGAGCUGGGUUUUAUGUGGAUGCAACUCACUCUUCAGAGACCAAAGCCAUGUCAGUGGAACAGCUCACUGAUGUCCUCAUUAAUGAAAUUCUCCACGGGGCUGAUGGAACCAGCAUCAAGUGCGGCGUUAUUGGGGAAAUCGGUUGCUCCUGGCCUCUGACUGAGAGUGAAAGAAAGGUUCUCCAGGCGACAGCCCAAGCCCAGGCUCAGCUUGGCUGUCCUGUUAUCAUUCAUCCUGGAAGGAAUCCAAGUGCGCCCUUUCAAAUUACCCGAAUAUUGCAAGAAGCAGGUAUAGACAUCUCCAAAACAGUUAUGUCGCACCUUGAUAGGACUAUACUUGAUAAGAAGGAACUACUGGAGUUUGCUCAACUUGGCUGUUACUUGGAAUAUGAUCUCUUUGGUACUGAACUCCUUCAUUACCAAUUCAACCCAGAUAUUGACAUGCCUGAUGAUAAUAAAAGAAUUAAAAGGGUGCGUCUUCUGGUGGAUGAGGGCUAUGGAGAUCGAAUUCUGAUGGCACAUGACAUACACACAAAGCAUCGGCUGAUGAAAUAUGGAGGUCACGGCUAUUCUCACAUACUCACCAACGUUGUUCCUAAAAUGUUGCUUAGAGGUAUAGCUGAGAAUGCACUUGAUAAGAUACUGAUAGACAACCCUCAGCGAUGGCUGACUUUCAAAUAGGAUGGUUAUAAAUUCACACCUUGAAAAUAAAGCUUACAGAGAACACUCAGUGAUUUCAAACCUGCUGUGAGAUAUUAAUUAAUCAGAGCUACAUAGGAGUAGUGAUGGGUCAUUUCCUUUUUAUAAGAGUUAGAAGCACUUUGCCUUCUCAGAGACUGGCUCUCACAUCUGCACCUUCAGGGAACUGCUGUGCCUCAUGGUGCCCUACCGCUUGGCUUUAGCAAAAUAAACACAGACCUAACUACCAACUUCCAAACGAUGACUUACAGUUUGAAUCCCUUUAGUGAAGUUUUGUUUUGUUUUCUUAAUUUAUCAGCUGCCCUACUUGAAAAUUUAAAUGUUUUUAGUUAAAUCAGCCCCUUUUGGAGGAGUCCAAUGUUUCUCAUAAUAUUGAUGAUCCAACUAAUUAUCCUGCUGUUCUUUAAUUAAUGCUUAAUGAAUGAUGUGGCACUUUAAAAUAGCUUCUUCAGCAAGGGAAGUUGAAUUCUGAGAUUUUUUUCAAUAGAUACUGUAAAACAAUUACCAAUUUAUAAUGGUAAAAAUAGUGUGGAAGGUUAAUUAUGAGCUGUCUACCUAUCUAUAUAUACUUAUAAUAAAUCAAUUUGUAUUGCCUGUGGCUUUCUGAAAUACAGUUUUGCUAUACAUUUUGUUAUAUUUUGAAAAAUUUGUAUAAGGGGGCAUGAACUCAUCACAUAAUACUGAAUUAUAAAAAUUCAAUAAUAAAAGUCAGAAUAUAUUACAUAAUAUAGUUUAAUGAAUCAUUACAUUUAUAAUAACAAAGGCCACAAUUUAAGUAAUUAAUAAUGUAUAAUGCAAAAAAAUGUUUGCCAUAUAUAUAUAUACGUACAUAUUCCCUUUAUUUCCUUUACCUUUUCUUUGUGUUCCUUGGGCUUAAAUAGAGAAAAUAAUGCUUAUUUAUCUGAAGAAAAGGUCAGGUCUACUAGAAAUGACAGUCUGAUUCUACAGCCUACUCUCUAAAAGGUUCCCAGCCCUGAUGAAUUAUGUAAAUAAAGCCUUUUUAAAAACUCUUAGUUAAAACUCUUAGCUGAUGUGCAGUGUUUAUAAAUUAAUCUUUUGGUUGAAUCCUCAGUAUGCUAUCUGUUACCUAAAAAAAAGAAGAAGAAAAAGAAUUCCCCGAACCCUGUUGCUAAUUCCUCUUUAAUAGUACAUAUUGUUAAAUUGAAAUAAAAUCCACUGUAACUUUGUUAUAAGUUAUCUUAUAUAUUAGGAAGGCCAGAUAGAAUUAGUCAUUAUUCUUGAAGAAUGGGCUGAGUGCUUUAAAUCAUAUAACCAUGACAGUUCCCCAGAUUAAGGCAUUUAAACCAAGCACACAGAACCUGCAGAUGGGAACACCAUGCAUAACUCUUAGGGAAAGGUAAGGUUUGCUAAAUAAAAGAUAUUUCUGUGGAUCAAAGAUGAUCAAGUUUUCUGUGUUAGAACAUAAAGUACCCAAGAGGAAAGAGCCAGAAGAACAAAUUAAUUCCUUUAAAUGAAAAAAA